AUGGACAGUGAGCAAGAAGGUGCUUUUGAGCCCCGAGGCAUCCGGAGCGGCUCCAGUCUCGAGCGCGUGCAGUCCUUGCUUUUGAUUUUCACGGAGUCCUUGACCGUGAUAUUCGUCAGAGCACAAAUUGGCGCGACGAUUCCGGACCGCAACAUUCGCUUUUUGCAGAGGUUGAGUCAGAUUACGGAGAGCAGGCAGAUAUUGGUGGUGGUGCUUUCUUAUUGCCGUCAUUCUGACACAGUAGCUCAAGUUCUCGGCACGAGUUGCAACAGCACUGAUCGGCUCAUCCGUGAAGCAGGAGUUUCAGUCCUCUCGCUACUUUUUAUCACCCGCAAGCCCACGGGUGAAUCAGGAAAGCGGGCGCUGCUGGAGAAGGUCUUUGAUAUUGCUCGUUGUCCCAUUGCCAUUGUUGACGACAGUGCAGAAGUUGUGGACGAGUGUGCCGGAGCAUCAUUCAUCACUCCGUUCCACAUUUCUUUGGCUAAGCGCGGAACGCGAGUUUAUCCUCGAUCUACGGUGCCCAGUUUUUCUGGUCUGAUUGAAGCAGAAGAGUCGCUUUGCAACUGGUGUAUCAACUCUGUUCCGAAUUCCGAGGAGUGA